AUGGAUCCAAACGCCACGUGCACAAACAACCGACCAGAGGUUCCGUUCAUACCGUUCCUCGCCGGCUUAACGGCUUGGGCCCUGGUCAGAUACGUUCUGGAAGGCAUCGUCAAGCGGUUCAACCCCAAGUUCGACAAAUUUCUUCGAGAGGACAUCCGUCGCAGGUACAACUUCUACUUCAGCACUUGGCUGGGCACCAUCGCCAAGGUCAUCUCGGUUGUCUCAUGCACAGCAGCCCUGGCGAGCACCCCGGCCGAGGGGGACCUUUACGGGCUUGUGCGUCCACUCAACACAGCGGAACAAUGGUGCUGGGGUUGCCGGGCAGUCCUCUACAUCCAGGAGCUGCCAGACCUGAGCUCUGUGCCCGAGUUGGUUAUCCAUCACAUCCUUAGUAUCGUUGCGAUGUGUACCAUCCUGGCCUACAGCGCUCCUCGUCGUCCGCUCUACCUCAUGUGGGCCAGUCUCUGGAACGAGUUUCUCGGCAAUGCCAGACGGUUGUUCAAGCUCCACGGUGUCAUGGCGCCUCGUCUGGCGUGGUGGAUGGCUGCUGUCAACUGCUUCCUCGUAUGGGCCUUACGGAUAACAGCUGCUGUUGUGUCAAUUGUUUGGACCCUUCAGAGCAACACUUAUGGAGUGUGCCUGUUCGUCACGAUUGGCUCGAUACUGGUGUACAUUUUGUACAUGGUCCAAUUCACAACGUGGGAGCUUGGCAGGUUUAGGGUUAUCAACCUUGACAUGACCCGCCCGGCGAGGUUCAUCAUUGCAGACAAAUGGAGCAUCCACCUUUUGGGCGUGAUCAUGGGUGUUGGGCUGGCCUUGACGGAGCUUUCCGCGCUUGUGAUCUACGGGUCCAGCUCUGGGUACACAAGCUCCAAGGAGGAGCUGCACAGCAUUGCCUGGGUUGCUCUCCAGGCUGCUGGUGCUGGGCUUUUGGGGUCUUAUGUUACUUUUCCCAUCUUUCGGUUUACCAUCCCCUCGGCUGCUACGUCACAGGAGGAAGGUGAGGAGCCAGCUACUCCAAAGGCUGCUCUUCGACUUUCCCUUAUUGGCGGCAUCAUCUCUGCCGGGUCAACGGUUGUGUUCACCCCCACCCUCGAGCCGACGGUCGACCGUGCUGCGUUUUUGGCCUGCAUGGGGUUGAGUCUUCCGUUGAUGAUUUCCAUCUUUCGCUUCGGUCAGGCGUUUUCCACACCCGCCGCCGCUUCUCUCGAGACGAAUCAUGCACCUCUGGAUGAGAAGCUUGUCGAUGUCGCCGACGAGGGAAUCGCGACUGAGCCUGGAGUGUUUCCCCCCAAAAUGGUCAAUGCUGCGGCCCAUGGGGUGUUGUUUCUCGGCGUCGCUUCUGCGCUCUGUGUGAGCCCGCCGCCUUCGCCUCUGGCGGUCAAGGGGUUCUCGAGCUUUGUUCUGGCGAUGAUGGCGGGUGUUGAGCUGGGUAAUCGUUGCGAGGGGAGGCACCGGAGGUUUUUGCACAGGUUAUUUCCUAUGCUUCAGGCUGGGGUUGGGAUUGGGUAUCAGGCUUGGUGUGUCGUUGUUGAGGGGGAAAAGGGGGGGAUGUUUGUCUUGGGGGUGUAUUUGGUUUGCUUUGGGGUUGUGGUGGUUAUGAUGCCGGUUGUGGUGAGGUUUUUCGAGGGGUUGUGGGCGAAGGGGAAGGCAAAAGGGGAAAAGAAGAAGAAGAAUAAGGGGUGGGAUUUGAAGGUUGUUAGCGUUGGUUCGGGGUUGGCUUUGGUUGUGAUGUUGGUUUUGGGGGAGUAUAUGGGUUGGUGUAGUAUGGCUGGGGAGCCGGUGGUGAUGGCUGUGGGACAGGGGGACAAGUUGGGGGAGGUUGUGAAGGAGGUUGUGAGGGGUAAGGGAGAGGGCGCGGUUGGGUCGUGGGGUGUGGUUGCUAGUUGGCCCAUGGUUGCUAGUGUGCUUGGGGCGACGGUGCUGCCGGUGGUGAUGGUGCAGGCUGUUGGGUGA